AUGAGUGCCCUGUUUUCAUUUUAUGGUUACUUGAGUUUUCUUCUUGUUCUGGCCUUGUCUCAUUCAUGCAUAUCUAAUCAAAUACUACUUGAUAAUAAGGAUGUGUUAUGCAUGGAGGGUGAGAGAGGAGCACUUCUCGAGUUCAAACAGGGCCUCAUUGACGAAAUAGAUCGUCUUGCUUCGUGGGUCGGUGAGGAUAGAAACUGUUGCGGAUGGGCUGGGAUUGUUUGUGAUAAUAUCACGGGUCAUGUCCGUGGGAUUCAUCUACAGGGCGUUAUUUCUCCUGAUCUAUAUGAGGGUUGUGACCGAACACGACAGUUGGGAGGGAAUUUAAGUUCAUCCUUGUUACAUCUGAAGCAACUCAGACAUCUGGACUUAAGCUGCAACAACUUUGGAGGGAUCCAAGUUCCGGAAUUCAUUGGUUCCCUUACAAACUUGAGAUAUCUCAACAUCUCAAAGUCGUAUUUUAGUGGAAUUAUCCCUCCUCAAUUGGGGAAUCUGUCCCGAUUGCACGUCCUUGGUGUUGGAAGUAGUUUUCAUGUAUCAUAUGAAAAAACACGCGUGAUGAAUAUGCAAUGGUUGUCAAGUCUUCGUUCGUUGCAUCACCUGGAUAUGAGCGGUGUGAACCUCAGCAAAGCAAUCGAUUGGUUUCAGGUGAUCAGUACCCUUCCUUCUUUGACCGAACUACAUUUAUCAUAUUGUGAUAUUAUUGAUAUACAUCCACAUGUUCCUAGUCUUAAUAUCACAUCCCUUUCCUUGCUCGAUCUCUCUAAUAAUGAUUUGAGUAGUUUCAUGCCACAAUGGGUAUUCAGUAUAACUAAUUUGGUUUCCUUGGAUUUAUCAUGGUGUAAUAUCCAUAGCCUUAUUCAUGGCAAUAUCGAUAGCUUCCGUAACUUGACUUCUCUCAAGUCGCUUCAUGUUUCAAGGAACGAUUUCAUGAAUUCUUCAUUAGUUUUAAAAGGCUUGUCUAGUACUGUAGCUGGUAAUCUUGUGUCGUUAAAAACAAGUUUUUGUGGCGUUUCGAGUUCAGUUCUCAAUUCACUUCACAACCUAACAUCCCUUCGUAGCCUUGACCUGUCAGCAAAUGAACUCACAAAUAAAAUACCUAGAUCAGUUGUUAACAUUUGUAAUUUGAAAGAUAUUGAUUUGUCAUCAAACAAUUUUGGUAAUAUUAGUUUGAGUUAUCUUCUUGGAGAUUUUCUACAGUGCGAAUCACGUAAUGGUCGAUCUUCACACUUAGAGGAGUUAGAUGUUACUAAUAGCAAUAUUUCUGGUACAAUUCCAGAGUUCAUUGGGAAGUUAACUUCUAUGAGGAGAUUAUUACUCGGUAGGAAUAGCAUUUCUGGUCCAAUUCCACACUGGAUUGGACGAUUAUCAUCAUUGGAGCAUUUAGAGCUUUCGAAUAAUGGGUUGGAUGGUUUCCUUCCUGAUGGCCUUGGUAAUCUUUCCAAGUUAGAAUGGUUAACAUUUUCUAACAAUUUGUUGACCGGUGUCGUAACAGAAGCUCACUUUGCCAAACUAGAGAGUUUGAAGUAUCUAUAUGGAACAGGUAACAACUUAACUCUACGACCACGACUUGCAAACUGGAUUCCCUCGUUCCAGUUGCGGGAGUUGGAUUUAAGUUCUUGGGGUUUAGGGCCACAGUUUCCACUGUGGUUGCAAUCACAGACCCAUUUAAUAGAUUUGAACAUAAAAAACACAGGCAUUUCUUCAGCAAUGCCUGUCGCAUUUUUGAAAUCAUUCCCUAAUCUAUGGUCUUUAGAUAUGUCACAUAAUCAUAUCCAGGGAAUGUUGUUAGACAUCCCUGCAACACUUAGAGUACUAGACCUAAGUUUUAACGAGUUUAGCGGGGAAUUACCAAAAUUGUCUAAGGGGUCAUUUCUAUAUGUGAUGGAUCUCUCGAGUAAUAACUUUGUGGGAUCAGUUCAUCGUUUGUUGUGCUCCAAAAGUGUUAAUAAGAACCCAGAUGAUCCUACUCAAACUGCUCUUAAUUUGGGAAACAAUCAUUUGUCAGGUGUUCUCAUUCCUGAGUGCUGGGAUAAAUGGCAAGAAUUGAAUUAUUUAAACUUGGAGAAUAAUCAUUUGACUGGUGAGAUUCCGGGCACAUUGGGCCAUCUACAUCAGUUACAAUCACUGAACUUGCGUGGUAACAAGCUCUCGGGAAUACCUGCUUCUCUAAUGAAUCUUAAAUAUUUGGAGGUCCUGCAAAUUGGUAGGAAUGAACUUGUUGGAAGCAUUCCAAAAUGGUUGGGUAACCUCUCUAAUUUAAGAGAUCUCAACCUUAGAUACAACAAUCUUGGCGGAAAUAUUCCUUAUGAGCUUUGUUAUCUUACACUGGUCCAAAUAUUGGAUGUUGCGCAUAAUAAUCUAUCUGGAAACAUUCCACGAUGUUUCAACAACUUUAGUGUCCUUUCUGGCAAAGAAUAUCUCUCCAUUCUAAAUUUUGCGGGGUUCAGUAUUUCUUCUGAAGAGGUUAGUGCCAGUGAUUCAUUGGUGAUGAAAGGACGAGAAGACACAUAUGACACUAUUCUUGGAAUGGUCACGUUGUUGGACCUUUCAAGUAACAAUCUUGUUGGACCCAUUCCAAGUGAACUAACGGCUCUCGGGAAGUUACAAUCUUUGAACUUAUCAAGAAAUCAAUUGACUGGAAGGAUCCCCGAAAAGAUAGGAGACAUGAAAUCACUUGAAACUCUUGAUUUAUCACUGAACAAGCUUUCAGGGAAGCUUCCCUUGAGCCUGUCAAGAUUGACUUUUUUGCUUAGCUUCAAUGUGUCUUGGAAUCAAUUGACAGGAACGGUUCCGACAAGCAUCCAGCUUCAGAGCUUCCAUGAGUCCAGCUUCUUCAGCAACAAACUUUGUGGAGAUCCACUCAAGCGUUGUUUACCAACUGAAGUACCCAAUGAAGAAAUUCAAAAAGAAGACAAUGUAUCACAUGGAGCUACAGAUUGGGGGUUGAUUACGAGCAUUGUGGUUGGAAUAGUUGUUGGUUUCUGGGUCAUUGUGGCUCCUUUGAUGGUUAGCGAAACAUGGAGGAUCGCGUACUUUCAUUUCCUGAGUGAGCUGAGGUAUAUGGUUUACGAUAUUUUCUAUAAGUAUGUAUGGAGGCAACAUGUUUUCUAA